AUGGGAUCUUAUCUUUCUGUCAAACCUCCGGGCCUUACCCACACUGUUCGUUUCUCUGCAAGCCUGCCUCGCGUUCAUCGUAAGUUCUUAUCCCCGUCCUCAUCCACUUGUGGAUCUCGAGCCCUACCCUAUGCGGCUCAUCGGUACAAUGUAACGACGAAAGCGGCCGGCGACGAUGGCGAUGUCUCUCAAGCGAGUGCUCUAAGCGCCUCCCAGAUGAAAGAAAUAUUUUCCGGGAGAUUUCCAUCUAACUAUGAGGGCGAUGUUAUUGUUUUAAAUGGUUUAUCAUCGCGAGAGUAUCAUCGGAUUGUUGAUGGCUUUUGGGCCUCGCUGAAGCGAGAUGAGAAACCAUCUGGGCACUUAGUGCUCAGCGCGAACUUCACAACAGCGUCCAUCCUCAGAGCUCUACCAGGCCCAAUCCACGAAGCUUUGAAUGUUAGCAUUGGUAAUUCGGUGCUAGGAGCUCUCAAAAACGCUGUCAAGGACGAUACUAGUGAAUUGUUCGACCUAAGAACUAAUUCAAGGGUCCCAUCUGCUUCUAAAACUGUAAUGAAAGUCCCAGAUAUCUUAAUCAAUCAUUCGACUUUCUCCAAGGAUUAUGAGACGUUGUCAGAUCAACCAGUCUUUAUCUGUGAAGUUGGCUUUCGUGAGGCUGGGCCGCAACUGGAAGAGAGUAUCGAAGGGUGGUUCAAGGCCUACCCGCAAGUCAAAACUGCCUUCCUAAUCAAAUUCGAUGAAAAACCUCGAUUCUAUACGAAACCAGCAUUCGCUCAACUGCCAGAAUACGUGCUUUCGGAGCCCGGGAAAUAUUGCGAGUCUGCAUAUAAGAUAUCGGGGGAAAGUGGCCAGUUCCUUCAGCUUCAUGGGGUUAAUUUUGUGGGAAGGGUGACAGGCUACUUAGAAGUUUGGAAGAGGGACCCGGAUGGCAAAAAAGUAGCAAGAAGUGGUGAAAGGAUUCUUUUCUAUGACUCAUACGAGAAGGUCGGACCUCUGCCUAAGCUGGAAUUCGACGUUUCUGAGUUCAUCGAGCUUUCGGAUAAGUCGCGAGGAGGGAAGGUAGAGAUUAACUGGGAAGAGUGGCAUCGGCUAGUUGUGUUAGGGAGAGGAAGGUUGGCCAAGCUACGUCUCGUUGAGACACUUAAAAAGCAUCAUCCACAUUUCAAGAAGGCUGAGAAGAAAGGUGACAGCCUUUCCCAAUCCAAGGAAGAAGGGGGGUAG